AUGGCAUCUAAUUCAUUGAAGGUAGAACUCCCUGAUUAUUUAAAUUCAGAUGAUUAUUCAGAAGCUUUUUUGUACAAUAACUUAACCAUUACAAAAAAAGAUUGUGUCAAUCCUGUAUUAUUAGGAUCUUUCUUCAGAUUUUUAAGACGGUAUAGUGAUGAUGUAAUUGAACAAAGGGUAAAUGAUAGUAUCACACCAAAAUCCUCUUCGAAAUUAGUACAUUGUGAUAAUUUUAUCAAAUCACAGUUAUACCCUAAUUGGAACAUUAGAGAUAAUGUCAUAAGUUAUUGCUCAAACUAUGCAACUAGCUUGAAGAGAGAAUUAGAUACAACUUGCUCUGAAAAUUCAGAGUCGGCCUCGCCACCUGUAACAGAGACUAGGAUUGAUCCAUACGCAGCAAUUGAUUACAAAAAUGCGAAAACCAUGAGAUACAACGAUUAUAACUCUGUGGUAAAUUGGGUUGAAAACCAGAAAGAAAUAGAAAAAAUUCUGCGUAAAAGAUCAGUCAAUGUCUUACUUAAUAAUUGUGGACAAGCUAGUUAUCUAGAUGACUUUACAAAAUCAUAUAGGAACAACAUCAAAUAG